GUUACCAACAUCAUUAAACCCAGAUCCUCGUUGGCAGUAUGGACUCUCUCCUUUCAAGCAGGGGCAAGAUUCAAUCCGUGCCGGAAUCUUAUAUUUUACCACCAGAGACACGACCCAGUGACCUAGUAACUCCUUUAUUAAAGACCAUACCAGUGAUUGAUCUUGAAACACGGGGCCACCGUCGCAAUGAAUUAAUUCAGCAUAUCAUCAAAGCUAGCCAAGAGCAUGGAUUCUUUCAGUUGACAAACCAUGGUGUCUCGGAGGAGUUAAUGAAUGAUGUAUUGACGAUGGGAGCUGAAUUUUUUAAUUUGGCUGAAAAGGACAAGGCAAGAUACUUUCAGGCAAGAUACUACUCUGAGACAUCCCCGUCUCCUGAGGUUUGUAGGCUUAAAACAAGCAUGGAGUUUGCAGACGAGAAGGUCCAUUUCUGGAGAGAUAAUUUUCGGCACCAUUGCCACCCCCUGGAGGACUACAUUCAGCUUUGGCCUGAAAAUCCACCUCGGUACAGAGAGGUGGUUGGACGUUUUUCAGCUGAGGUGAGGAGGCUGUCUCUGCAUCUGUUGAAUUUAAUUUGUGAAGGAUUAGGUCUUGAACAGGGUUACUUUGAGGAAAGGCUCAGUCACCGUCAAGUUUUCUCUAUUAAUCACUAUCCCCCAUGCCCCGACCCAACCUCUGUCUUGGGAUUGCCUAAACAUGCCGAUCCUUACCUCAUCACCCUUCUUAACCAAGGCCAUCUACCUGGGCUUCAAGUCUUGAAAGACGGGGAAUGGCUGGGUGUUGAGCCCCUUCCCAAUGCAUUUGUGGUUAAUAUAAAUCACAUGUUACAGGUAAUCAGCAAUGGGAAGCUGAAGAGCGCUGAUCAUCGAGUCGUGACAAACUCAAAAGCUGCAAGAACAACAGUCGUUAGCUUCAUCCUUCCUUCUAGCGAUUGCGUAAUAGAGCCUGCAAAAUCACUGGUGAAUGAGCACAAUCCGGCGCUGUACAGAACUUUUAAAUUCGGAGAUUUUCUCAAAACUUAUGACUUGCAUACUCGUCAAGGUAAGGAUCCGCUGGUAGAUUAUAUGAUCCAAUCUUAAGUUUGUUUAGGAACAUGUGAAUGUCUUGAAAAAGGUAAGUUGACUCAAGUGCAACAGUCUGUUUAUGUUCAAUCUCAAUGGAAUAUGUUUGUUGUUUACUCUUUUUUCUAGACAUAGGAACCGAUGGUUUUAUAUGGAAUUAACACACAGGAAUUUGUAUAUUUUCGUCCCAUUUGAGGGAGGGCAAGACAUGCGAAUUUUCCUAAUAUGCAACCAUAUUAAAAUUGCACGGAGACCCUCUU